UCUAGGGUUUGUGGAGCUCUCAGCGAUGAUUUCCCAGUUCUUCGUCCUCUCGCUCCGCGGCGACAACAUCAUCUUCCGCGAUUAUCGCGGGGAUGUGAGCAAAGCCAGCGCCGAGAUUUUCUUCCGCAAGGUGAAAUUCUGGCACAGCGAGGAAGGCGAGGAUGCGCCUCCGGUGUUUAAUGUCGAUGGAGUGAACUACGCGCAUGUCAAGGUCGCUGGUCUGCUCUUCGUCGCUACUACCAGAGUGAAUAUUUCUCCAGCUCUGGCAUUGGAGCUCCUUCAGCGGAUCGCCCGCGUGACGAAGGACUAUCUUGGCAUUCUUAACGAAGAGUCACUCCGGAAAAACUUCGUUCUUGUGUAUGAGCUGCUAGACGAAAUGCUGGACUUCGGCUAUCCUCAAACGACCUCGACUGAGGGACUCAAGUCUUUCGUUUUCAAUGAACCAGUCGUGGUAGAGUCGGCCAAAAUUCCUUCUCUUGGGCCAGCCGGAUUAUUCAUGCAAGGAUCAAAGCGGCUUCCCGGAACGGCUGUGACCAAGUCCGUGGUUGCUAGUGAGCCUGGUGGCAAGAAACGGGAGGAAGUUUUUGUGGACGUCAUAGAGAACAUCAGUGUGACAUUCAAUGCGAGCGGCUACAUUCUUACGUCGGAAAUUGACGGAACCAUUCAAAUGAAGAGCUACCUUACUGGUAAUCCGGAAAUCCGGGUCGCUUUAAACGAAGACCUGCAAAUUGGUCGUGGCACACACUCGAGUCUAGGAGCGGGUGGUAUGGUGCUACUGGAUGACUGUAACUUCCACGAAUCAGUUCGACUGGAUGAUUUUGAUUUGGAUCGAACUUUAACGCUGACACCGCCAGAUGGAGAGUUUCCUGUCAUGAACUAUCGCAUGACGCAAGAAUUUAAGCCUCCUUUCAGAGUGUAUCCCGCCAUUGAAGAAUCUGGUCCAUUCAGGGCGGAAGUUGUCAUCAAAGUGCGGGCAGAUUUUGCUCAGAAUGUAACAGCCAAUACGGUGCUGGUACGCAUACCACUUCCAAAAACAACAAUGAGAUGCGGUUUUGAGCUGGAGGCGGGAGCAGCUGGACAGUCAACCGAUUAUAAAGAAUCGACAAAACUUGUAGAAUGGGGAUUGAAGAAAAUUUCUGGCGGCUCGGAGCAUGUAUUGCGUGCUAAACUUACCUUGUCUCAAGAACGCAAUGUAAACAUAAAAAAGGAAGUUGGACCGAUCAGCAUGACUUUCACUAUUCCCAUGUUCAACGCCUCCAAAGUACAAGUGAAGUACUUGCAAGUUUUGAAAAAAUCAAAGUCAUAUAAUCCUCAUCGAUGGGUUCGCUACGUGACCCAUGCCGAUUCGUAUGUUAUCCGGACAUAGAUUCUGUGUAUCUCCAUACGGAGGAACAGGGGCAUGCUACGUUUCAGAAGUGGCCUGAUGCGAUGCGGUGCCACUGCCGGUUCGCUUCGUCCCAGUUACGGAACAGUUACCGUUUGUCUCGGAUUUUGUCAUGUUAGUCUUAACUGCUAUUCUGCAGUUAGGACAGGAAUCGAAAACGGGCGGGCAAGAUUUUCCCGCAAACCGUUAGCUACGGAACAUAAACUGCACUAACGAAUAGGUUGGUGCAAUCUAGUCUGUCGCAGCUCGUCACUCCCGGUCUGCCAUAGCCACAACCUCCGUGGCUGCGCAGAUUGUUGGCUUGUUUUGCUCCAUUCAUUCAAAUUGUAGCUGGUUACGUGUUCAAGUU